AUGACAAGUUCAAACAUUUGCUUUACAUACACUAAAUGUGAACUUCAUCAUCGAGAACACCAUAUAUCGAACAUUGUAACAAGAAGAUUUUUUAUGAUGAUGCCUACACAAUCCAUACGAAGAAAAAGAAGCCUUAAACAACUCCAAUUGAUUAUCUUAAAUGUUAUUGUAGUUAUGAUGAUGUACUGGGUUUGGUACAUGACGAGUGUUUCUACGAUUAGGGGUAUUCGCUUGAUAGAAUGCGAACUUUUAGUAUCAUUUGUGAGAUGCUUAAGGAGAUUGGAGGCCUCACUCGGACAAAAAAAUAUGUCUCUUGAAGAGAUAGUUGCCAUUAUUUUGUACACUUUAGCUCACCAUAAAAAAAAUAGAUCAAUUGCUCACUUUUUCAUAAGAAGUGGAGAAACUGUGAGUCAUCAAUUCAACUUGUGUUUAAGGGCUAUACUUAAGUUGCACGAUCAUUUGCUUUACAAGCCCACACCAAUAUUAGAAGAAUGUGAAGAUGAAAGGUGGAAACCCUUUAAGAAUUGUUUAGGAGCCUCAGAUAGUACCUACAUUAAUGUAAAUGCACAUUCCCAAGAACGUGGAAAAUACCGGACAAGAAAAGGUACCAUUGCUACGAAUGUGUUGGGUGUUUGUGCACCCAAAAUGCUAUCUAUCUAUGUUCUUCUGGAUUGGGAAGGCUCUGCACAUGAUGUCCGUGUCCUUUGCAAUGCUCUUUCUAGGCCACAUGGCUUUAGAGUUCCUAGAGGUUAUUAUUAUUUGGUUGGUGGGGGGUAUACAAAUUGUGAGGGUUUUCUUGCUCCAUAUAGAGGGCAACGAUAUCAUCUUAAGGAAUGGACAAAUAAACAACCGCAAACUGCUGAAGAGUAUUACAAUAUGAAACAUGCUCAAGCAAGAAAUGUAAUUGAGAGGUGUUUUGGGCUACUUAAAGGAAGAUGGAGUAUACUUAGAAGCCCCUCAUUUUUCCUAUUCGAACUUAAGGUCGCAUUGUGA